CGCUGCAACCGGCAGUUUUGUGCAACCGUAUCCCACGAGCACGUUGCAGUGACGUCGACGAGGCGGUAGAAGCUUCUCCCUUUCCUCGAAGCGAGGAAAGUGUGCGCGGAGCGUCGACUGUCAGACGAUUGCCGAUGUGAGCGUGCAGUCGGCAUCAUCGCGAGAAGCUGCGAGGAGCUAUGAGUGGCUAUCUGGGCAGCUUGAGCGAUCGCCAGCAAGCUGCGCUAGAUCAGCUUCGCAAUGUGGUGGAGGACGUGCGGAGGGCCACGGACACGGAUGCAUUCCUACUUCGCUGGCUGAGAGCGCGGGACUUCGACGUGACCAAAGCGGAGAAAAUGUACCGUCACCACCUCGAAUGGAGGAAAGAGAACGGACUGGACGACAUUCUGCGCAGUUAUGAAAUGCCUGAGCUUGUGAAGGAGAACUUUCCUGGCGCAUUUCUGCACCCAGGAAAAGACGGUCGGCCUGUGUGGAUAUGUCCAAUGGGCCUCGACAUUCACGCGUUUCUGCAGUUGUUGACGCCCGGCGUUGUGAGGCGUCACAUCGUCUACCUCAUGGAGGAAUCGGAAUUUAUAAAGCGGGAUUACUCAAGCAAGACUGGCAAAGAAAUACAUAGUCACUACUUUGUGGCUGACAUGGACAAGUUAAGUUUGCGACAAGUAUACUCUUGGCAAGUCUUAAAAGCUGCAGGCUACACUCUACACCUAAUGGAAGACCUGUACACCGAGUGCGUCGAAAAGUUCAUCGUCAUCAACACUCCAAGCUUUUUUCCUAUUGUAUGGAAAUUUUUGCGAACGCUAAUGACCCAGAGAACAGCCGACAAAUUUGAAGUCUACGGAAAAGAAGACGAUUGGAAGGAGCGUCUCCUGGACAUCGUGGACGCGGCGAUUCUACCCGCCCACUGGGGCGGGAACAUGGUGGGGCCCGAUGGAGACCCGAUGUGCAGGCACAAGGUGAACUACGGAGGCCGGUUCGAGGAAGGCGCAAAGACUGCACUGUACGACUCCGUGUUCGAUGAAGAGGACGCACAGCGGCAGACAAUCGGCCGCCGGGAUCGCUGGGAGCUGCCGGUGGACGUGGCCGAGGCGGGCGCGCGGCUCCACUGGCGUUUUCAGACGGCCGCCGGCGACCUGGCCUUCGGUCUGCACAAUCACUGCGGACAGUCCCUGGUACCCCUGCAACGCCUUGGAGCAUGCAGCCUCGUACCACAGGAAGGAACCUGGCAUUGCGACACUCCCGGAACGUAUGUGCUCGAGUUUGACAACACCUACAGCUGGCUGAACGACAAGACGCUGGCGUACAUUGUGAACGUGGACUGCACAGAGAAGUUUCCUUAGCUACCAAUAAACCACGGAAGAACGAUUUGCGACUUCCUAUAAGUGAAGGGUAUCGUGGUCAUUCCUUGUGAUCCCUUGGCUGGCCCGGUGAUACCUAAAGUCGUCAUUGUCGUAUAACAAGCCACAUAAGCUUUGCCGAAAAUACACCGGUUCUUUAAACGGACAUUGGAAAGGAACAUUAAACAGGCACUAAAAAUGAAAAAGAAAACAUAUUUCUGCGGUAAAAAAGAAAAUAAAAAAUGGCUGUGGC